AUGAGGCCACUGCUUUUCGUCAUCGGAGCUGCUCUGCUUAUUACGCAGAUCAACGCCAGCAAUAAUAUGUUUAACGAAUACUUCAAGCGUGGAAUGUACGAAUGUGCGCUGGACUAUCUCAAAAAUAUCCAGGAAAUUCAUCACCUUUUUCAGAAAGCUUCAGUCCAGCAACAAGAGUGCCAUGCAAAAGCUGCUGUUACAAGCAAGAGUUUUCCGAUGACGAGAAUCGCUCCUUUGGACGAGUAUAUCGAGAAAAUGCGGCAAGAAGAAGAAGAAGAUUGGGCAGAAAAAACUACUCCUGGCAGAGCUUAG